UUAUGUUUAAUUAUUUUUUCUUCUCUCCUACUAUUUUUCUCCAUCUUUCUAGCAGCCUUUACACCCCUUAAAUUGUGUGCAGCUCCUGCAACUCACAGACACAAAGUAGUGUUUAUUUCAGCCAGCAUGAAGGUAAAGGUUAUUUUCCCGGGAAAGGUCAAGGUUUCUUUCCGGAGAGGGCCGACUGGGUAUUUGAGGCAAGACCCAUCAGUCGAGGCUAAGAGGAUUAAAGACCACCCUGACCUCCAGGACAAGUCAGCGGCCCAGAAUGAAGACCGGGUGAAAGACAAUGCCAGGUUUGUCGUAUUCAUGAGAGGGGGGGGGGUAUAUCAGACAAGCAGGAGGUGCUUGGGGAGUAUGUCCUGCAGUUUGGGAAAUACAAGGGAAAGUUAUUCCGGUGGCUUGCAGAGAAUGAUGUAGGGUACGUAACAUACCUCAUCAAGAAGGUCAGGGAGGAGGAGAGAGCAGGCCAGUUUAAGCCAGAUGGUCCCAAGAAGGACAGCUUUUUGUCACUCCUGCAGUACAGCUACAGCUUCCAGGAGAUCAAGGACCUGCUGCUGUAUCUGGACAGUCCGGUAGAAACACCACCAGCUAAGGAUGACGAAGACAACCUAGUUGGUUUUGGGGUUCACACGAAGAGGACGUGGAGGGAUGUUUGGAAGCGGAGAGACGAUGGAUUUUCUGCGUUCAUCCUGCGAGAGCAGUGUACGCCAGGCAGCAAAAUGUUUAGGCUCCAGGACUACCUGAAGAGGCAGAGUGCUUCUGAGGGACGUGCAUCCUCAGGGCAUGCAACAUCGGCCUCUCAUUGCCCAGCUUUCACAGAAAUGGAGGAUGAUGAUGAGUUGGCGAGGAUGAUGCUCUCUAUAUCCCCAUCCAAACUCCAAGCGGAGGAUGGAGUUGAGGAAUGGGAGAGAAUGAUGCCAGCCACACCUAUUCCAGGCCAUCUUGGUGAGAAACACACACACACACACACACACACACACACACACACACACACACACACACACACACACACACACACACACACACACACACACACACACACACACACACACACACACACACACACACACACACACACACACAGUCAAGUUAUAUUGCUGUUUAAUGUAUUGUAAAAUGAUACAUGCUUGUUAUCUAACAUUAUUUUCUGCACUGUGCAAUCAGGUUCCCAAGUUUAUGGAGUCCCUGUGGUCAAAGGUUUUAUUCUUACUACAGUACUACUGAUUGUCCGGACAUGAAUUCGGAUGAUGUGUUCCACAUUUAUUUGUUGGUUAAGCCACGUUCUGGCCUGUUUGUUACGCCAUGUUCCGGCCUCUUUUAAUGCCUCGUAGUAUGAAUACACACAGAGAUGAUAAUACUAAUAAUACAUUUUUUCUCUGUCCCCUAUUCUUCUUCCUCUCCCUCCACUACUCUCCAUUACUCCAGCAUCCUCUGCCCUGUCUAGAGUACCUGCUCUGUCUACGGCAUCCAGGUCCUCUUCCGCCCUUCCUGAAGCACCUGCUCUGUCGGCGGCGUCGAGGUCGUCUACAGCACCCUCAACAUCAUAUCCACCUCCUGCAGCACCCUCGGCACCUUGUUCACCUGAUCCACCACUCCCAAGGUACGACCAGGAUGUGAUUCGUUGGAACUGCUCUCACCAUCAGAGUAUCUGGAUGAAGAUUGAGAUGGAGCCCUUGGGGCUUUGGCCAGGUCCUCGAACGGUGAGACAUCCAAUGAAUAUAAUCUCCUUGUGGCGUUACCCACCUCAGCCUGAGCUUAUUGACAGUGUUUACGAACUACCGUCGCCCAACUAUUUCCAGCUCCAUCCAUUUUUUAUAUGGAAGCCAGAGCACACCAUCAUGGAGCGAGUGAAGAACAACUACACUCUGCCCUGUCUCUAUAGCUGUGGAAGUCCUUUCGUAGUGUCAUCAGGAGUUGGGCGACCCCGUGUCAUUAUCGGCUUGGGUGGCCAGUAUUACAUCCUGGCGUCACGGCUCUGUUGCAAAGGAUGCAACAAGUUCUGGCACGCAGACAAGCCUCAAUGGUUGGACAUGUUGCCGAGCCGAUUCACCAAGAUCUUACCAGCUUUCCUUACCUUUAAAAAGGCAAUUUGUAAGACUGUGAUGGAUGAGCUGCGGCACUCUGGAAAGUCUCCCAAUGACAUGGCCAACCAGUUGAAUGAGGCUCCCCACCUCAAGUAUGAGCGGGCACACUUGGCAUACCUGGCAAGUGUGAAGAACGUGCUGGAUGGAGAGAGUGGACUGUAUGGACAGUGAACCAUCACAGGGGCAAUGAGAGCAACAUCAACUCCUGCUCCAUUUGGUGGGUAUGUGGAUGGGUGGCACGGAGUGAUGUUAUCGGGGCAUUACCUGGUCGAGUGCCUAAUUCAGGAGUUCCCCAGACAGGAAGACACCCUUGUUCUCCUCCUCCAAGGCACAUUUGGUCAGGCCUUGAGAGCUGACCACACCAGGAAGGUGGCUCGGAAAGUGGUUCUUGCCUCAAGCACCAUGUCAUCAUAUGCUGUGAUGAAUGAAAAUUGGAUGAUCCUGUCCUGGGUUAUGCUUCAGACAGAGGGGGACAGAUCCUUGGAACCCAUGUACGAGGGGCUGUCUUGCCGUCGCAACUACGCAGACAUCCCCAAAGCCCAAUACCAGUGGGUUGACAGGGACUGCUGUGCAGCCUUCAGGGUUUGAUUUAGUGGCUGAGGCUACUUCAGGGCCCCUCAACAACACCUGUGUAUCCCGCAGCAAGUUCAACAGCGACAUUGACAUCAAGCUGGACCUGUUUCAUUGCAUGCGCCGCCUCUCCAGAGUGUGUGUCAGAGCACCAUCCACUGCACAGCUCUUUCUGCAAGUUCCUUUCUGCAGCUUUCACUAUCGUGGACCAGACAGACCUGCAGAAACUUAAACAGGCAUACGUCUUCUGCGGUGUUGUGCCUGCUAAUCCCGCCAAACAGCACACCAAAGAGCACUGUCGCACCAGGGUACCUGGUCCCUGAGAGCUGCUGGAGAGAGUCGAGCGCGUUCUGCAGCGAUUCCAUUUGGAGAAUGAUCCCGAUGGUAUGCCACUGUUUAAGCCGUCAAUGUUGACGGUGUGGAGGAUUCAGCGUUUUCACAUCCUCAGAGGCUGCUUGAGCGACCCAGAGGUUGCAGAGGGAAUCCUUUACAGAUAUGGCGGAACAGUGCAGCUCAACCAUGUCAAGGGAGACGGAGCUACUGUGCCCCUGUGGAUCCCUGUGAGAGGUACAUCACAGCAGCAGGGGUUCCAUUUCCAUCAGGCAAAAUGGGUGACGGGUAACAAGGUCUCCACAGAACUCUUCCAAGCUUAGGGCAUGAUUGGUGUGGCUCAGUGGAAUUUCAAGCGCUUUGUGGACCUGAAGUUGCCUGAUGUGAUGCUGCCUGCAGUCUUUGAUCCAGUACUGAUGAUGGAGCUGAAUAAGCUCUCUGAAGUGCUGACAGGUCAUGCCAAGUACCCUGCCUUGCGUGUUUCACACACUGACACAGGAGAAAGGUUUGGACUCCAGUAUCUAGAACCUGGCUGUCGUCCUGUCCCGCUGGACUGCAGCAAGCACAAGACCCAGAAGGUUCCUGUUGCAGGAGAGAGAGAGCACCACUCCUCAGAACCGUCUCUUCUCAGUGAGACAUUCACUGAAGACCCAUCUGAGGAGACGAGGGAGGAAGACUGUGCUCUGGAUGACCUCUUUGGUGUGGCUUCCCUUGGCUCACAUGCAGUGGCCCAACCCUCACAGCCAUUCAAAGUUCUAGUUCUCCCAGUCCCAGUGAUGCCACCGAUGCCCAUGUCUGCCUCUCCACGUGCUGCACGCACAGGUCCAGUCAAGGCAGGCGGCCUACUUUUUGUCCUGGACCAUUCCCGGUGGACACAGCCAAUGAGGGAUGCCAUCGACGGCCUUCUGGCAAAGCACCAUGACCAGAAAGACCUCCUCGCCAAGGUGGAUGCAGAGUAUGCUACCCUUGUGCUUGCUGCCUCCAGAGAUUCGAACAACUUGUUACAUCCGACCACCAAACAGCACAUCUCACGGUAUGUGAAACACCAGGCCAAGCUGAUGAACACAAGUUUGUGUCUGAACACCGGUCCAGAGAAACUCCUUGAGACACAAGAGCUGUGGCAUCAUCUCACAGAGGGUAGUGAAACUGUUUGUGUCCCGGUGGUAACCCUCCCACCUGCACCUGUGAAUCCGCCCAGCAGUAAGUCGCAAGAGCCCUCUCUCACAAAGGCUGAAAUGGAAAACCUGGUCAAAGAGCUUGUGCAAAAGCAGGAAAAGCAGCAGCAGCAGCAGCAACAACAGCAGCCUGUGCCAAAAAAAAGUAGGAACUGUCUUGCAUGUGGCCCGCCUAAUUCCCGUUACCUUGGUGAUGGCUGCUCCAUUCACUUCUUUUACCAGGCAGGAAAGGUAAAGUACUUUAACUGCUCUACAAAGAUGCAUCGGACCUAUGUAGCAGAAGGCCUUAAUGAUCCCCUGCAUGGAAUUUCUUGACUUUGCUGCCUUUUUUCAAGAGAGAGCUGGAGGCAGCAAAGCAGCGGUCUGCUGAGUCCAGGCAGGUAACAGAAGAGCGGGGAAAGAGAAAGGCCAUGGAGCAGCUUCCCACUGGUCGCCUGUGUAGGUUCUGCCACAAACCUAUAAAACAAGGCCCAGGCGGUCGGCAUACACACACUGGGUUCCCUGGUGUGACCGGGAAAUACGUGUACUGUCCUUCAAAAGUUUUUCACCUGUAUCAGUCAGAGGGGAUGACUUCGGAGAUGUCUUGGGAGGAGUUCUGUCAGUCUCCCUUUUAUGAGACUGAAAAGAAGAGGUGGGUGGCAGAAAAGGGAAGGUGAUUGGUCCGUUUGGAACACUUAUAGUUAUUCAAUUUGGUUCAUCUUUUAUUUUUUUUAUUUUGUUAUGGGUAUUUUCUGAUCAGAUGCUGGAAAUGCACUACUUUAAAGGUCUACCUUAAUUAAAGUUAAUUUCUAUGUCAUUUUUGUUAUUCAUUCAGUUCAUUUUAUCUUAGCUAUUUAAAUUACGCUGUUUAGUGUGUGUGUGCUUAUUUUGAAAUAAAACCAGUUUAAUCCAACCCUUGAAA